CGGCCCAAAAUACAUACAUUCAUACAUAUAAAAAGCGCCUUUGGAGCUCACAAGCAAGCAAGCGCCUCUUCAUUUCUUCAUCACCAGUCGUCACCUCCCCGUUCUCGACAGCACAGCACCGCCACCAGCACCAGGGAGGGUUUGGAUCACCCUUUCAUUGAGUUCUCCUACAUUUGAAGGAAUCGUCAAUGGGGGCAAGUCGAAAGCUACAGGGCGAGAUCGACCGCGUCCUCAAGAGGGUUCAAGAGGGCGUCGAUGUAUUCGACAGCAUUUGGAACAAGGUUUACGACACAGACAAUGCGAAUCAGAAGGAGAAAUUCGAGGCGGACUUGAAGAAGGAGAUUAAGAAACUGCAAAGAUACAGAGACCAGAUCAAGACAUGGAUACAAUCCAGCGAGAUUAAGGAUAAGAAGGUUAGUGCCUCUUAUGAGCAGGCUUUGAUGGAUGCUAGAAAGCAAAUUGAACGUGAAAUGGAACGGUUUAAAAUAUGUGAAAAAGAAACCAAGACAAAGGCAUUCUCGAAGGAAGGCCUUGGACAACAACCUAAAACGGAUCCAAAGGAAAAGGCUAAAUCAGAGACAAGAGAUUGGUUGAAUAAUGUGGUCAGCGAGCUGGAAAACCAAAUUGAUAGCUUUGAAGCUGAACUAGAGGGGCUUUCUGUUAAGAAGGGAAAGACAAGGCCUCCUAGACUGACACAUCUGGAGGCAUCUAUUGCUCGGCAUAAGGCUCAUAUCAUGAAGUUAGAGUUUAUUCUAAGGCUGUUGGACAAUGAUGAGUUGAGUCCAGAGCAAGUUAAUGAUGUAAAGGAUUUCUUGGAUGACUAUGUGGAAAGAAAUCAGGAAGACUUCGAUGAGUUUAGCGACGUUGAUGAGCUUUACAGUUCUUUACCACUAGACAAGGUGGAGUCUCUUGAAGAUCUAGUGACUAUUGGUCCUCCUGGUCUUGUUAAGGGUGUCAGUUCAUCCAGUGCAGUUUUAAGCGCAAAAUCUACAGCAGCUGCACCCACCCUGGCUCCAGCAACCGCCUCUGCUCCUGCACAACAGGUUGCUUCUACUCAUGACCAAGUUGAUGGAUCAGAUUUCCUUGAUGAUGUUGUUACAAGAACUCCACCGCCUAAAAGUGCUGCCCUCAGUAUUUCUGUGUCACAAACACCAGCAGCAGGCCAUGCAAAUCCUGGUGCUGGUGCUUCAUCUCCGAUACCUGUUCCAAAUACUACAAAAGAGGAGGAUGCUAUAAACUUCUCCAGUCGUAAAUCUUCACCAGUUCUUGCAGAAGCUGGAUUUAGGGCUCUGUCUAAAGGUGGCUUGCCAAGUCAAGCGACAUCCACCAUCCUUCCCAGUACUGGAAGCACAGUUUCGAGCAAUGUAACUGUUGGAACCAUUCCCUUUUCUUCGGAAAUGGAGAAAAAGAAUAUGUUGCAUUCUAAUGAUCUAUCAGGGAGCAGUGGUAUGCCACAGUCCCUUGUAUCAUCUCUAAGUAAUAGAGUAGUCUUGCCACAAGCUGCCAAGGCUGCUGAAGGACUUGGAUCAGUUGAUACUAGAAAUGUUGGUGAUUCUACAACUACAGGAAGCAGGGUUUUCAAUUCACCUGCUGGUCCCGGUAUGCAAUGGAGGCCUGGAGGUUCCUUUCAGAACCAAAAUGAACCUUUUCGUGGAAGAACUGAAAUUGCCCCUGAUCAAAGGGAGAGGUUUCUACAACGAUUUCAGCAGGUGCAGCAGCAAGGUCAGACUAAUCUUCAUGGUAUACCCCUUGCUGGAGGGAAGCAGUAUUCUGCACAACAGCAGAGCUUGCUCGCACACCAGUUCAAUGCGCAAAGCUCAUCUAUAUCACCACAUCUCGGUUUGGGGAUUGGAGUCCAAACUUCAGGUAUUAAUGCUGCUACUACACCUACUUUGCUGCAGCAGCAAACAAGUUCAGUCCAUCAACCAUCUAAUCUGCAGACAAUUAUUUCUUCAACGUCUAUGGAUGUUGAAACUGACCCUCCAAUGGUAGAGGAGCUGCAGCAGCAACAACCUAUUGUUGAUGACUCACUAUCAGAUUCUGGUUCAAACACUGGGCUCGGGAAAACUCUUGUGCAAGAGAAUGAAUUGAAGGCCUCAUAUACCUUAGAUACUUCUCAGGCUGCAGUUGUUGCUGGCCCGCCUGCCGAGCCUGCACAAUUGAUUAGAGAUACCGACCUCUCUCUAGGGCAACCAAUGCAACCCGCUCCAUCUUCCGGAAGCAUUGGUGUUAUUGGUCGAAGAAGUGUUUUGGACCUUGGCACCAUUGGAGAUAACAUCAGUGCAUCGACUGCUAAUUCUGGAGGAAUGCACGGCCAGCUAUACAAUCUGCAGAUGCUCGAGGCUGCUUAUUCCAAGCUUCCUCAGCCUAAAGAUUCUGAGCGCUCGAAGUCUUAUACUCCUAGGCACCCGGUGGUGACACCUACAUGCUAUCCUCAAGUACAGGCGCCGAUUGUCAAUAAUCCAGCUUUAUGGGAGCGGCUCGGAUCAGAUACUUACGGCACGGAUAUUCUGUUCUUUUCAUUCUACUAUCAACAGAAUACUUACCAGCAAUAUUUGGCGGCUAAGGAACUGAAAAAACAGUCGUGGAGAUUCCACAAAAAAUUCAACACAUGGUUCCAGCGUCACGAGGAGCCGAAGAUCGCCACAGAGGAAUUCGAGCAAGGGACUUAUGUGUACUUUGAUUUCCAUUUUGCCAAUGAAGAACAGCAUGGAUGGUGCCAGAGAAUCAAGACUGAGUUCACUUUUGAGUACAGAUAUCUUGAAGAUGAGUUGAGUUAGUCAUAUGAAUCUACAGGGCCCUGGGCUUGAUUUGUAGCCAUAUGUAAACUAAAACAAGUUUCUGGGAUGUACUUAAGAACAAGUUUUUGGAUGCUGCUGGUUCCUUUUUGCAUAAACUUACACAUAAAUGGAAUCAGUUAAAAAUAUAUUCAUCAACUUUGAACACCAACUUUUGGAACUAUAUUCAUCAGUAAUUUUUUUUUUAGAACAUUACAUUUGGAUUCAUCUCACGAAUGAUCACAUGAAAUUCAAACUAGAAGUAUAGCUUCACCCUACAGCCUGCAGCUUAACUCUCUUCGGCAGAUCUGAACUUGAAUGUCAGAGAAUAAACAAGGGCAUCAAAUUUUGUAAAACAAUACACGGCCAAGGUUUAAAUCCUGCUCAAUCUUGGUAGUAAGUAAUCAAGAAAGACAUCCAGGAACAAUCUUUGGUAAAUUUACAGAGGACAUGGUGAUGAAAUAGGAUCCUACCAUGUAAUCAAUAUAUCAGA